AUGAAGUUCUUCUCAGCUCUCACCUUUACGGCAAGCAGCCUGGUCCUCGGCACUGUCGCGGCGCCAGCCCCGGAGCCAGCUGCAGUCGGGGCAACUGUGUCCCCGUACAGCAUCACCUGUGCAGGGUUUAACACAGGCAGUCCAUUGUCGAUCGGCGAUAUUAAAUGGGCUCUAUCAAACAGAAGAGACGAGCUGGAUCUGAAGGCUGGAUGGUGGAAUCAACAAGACCUCACCUGCGUCAGCACCGAUGGGCGCAAGAUUCAGCAAUAUGCAGUCAAGUUCACCUACAAUCAUGCGCGUAGCAAUCCUCAGGGUAUGACAAAACUGGCGGAGGAUCGUGUACUUUGCACUGCUUCAAACCAGUGGAGACUUGCCUGUUCUCCCGUAUAG